UCAUGAAAAUCUUUAAAUGCUUUUUAAUAUAUAGGUUUUAGAAAGUUUUGAUUAGAUUCCAGAUAGCGCGAACACUCAACGAUGGCUAUCCGAAUCAACUCCUUGACUCUCUCUUCCGCUUUACCUAAGAUGGAGUUAAGAGGUGGAAUUUCGGGCCUCUGGGUUGGCUCGCAGAUGAUGCCCCAAAUGCGAAAGGAGGCUCGUGGACGACGAGUUUGGAGGCGAAGAAAAUUGAUAAAAAAGGAUGAAUAUAUGCACCCCAAAAUGGAGCGCAUUCCUUUCAUGGAGGAGCAGGUAAGGAUGGUAAGGGAACAGGGAAAGCUCUUGACGAUGGACAUAGAGAGGUUAAUGUUGUCAGAAGAUAAUCGGUUUGAUUUUGUGAAUGAGAUAGCAGCUGAGGCCAAUUCUUAUGUUGAGAACAACAGGGAUGAGUAUGGAGGUGAGAAGAAGGCCAUUCUUCAUGUUUUGAGCAAUCGAAUGAAUGAUACUGGAAUUUACAGGCCAGAGGCAUAUUAUGAGCCUGAUCCCUUCAAGCCCGGACCUCAUUAUUUGAGAGAAGAAUUUACAUAAAAUGUUAUGCUGGCAUCUUAAACUAGUGACAAGAAUUUACAUCUUUGCUUCACUUAGCUUAAUUGAUUUUCUUCUUAAUUAGCUGCUGUUGUUUGUAUGUAUGCAAAUCAAAGCCAUCUUCGAACCGGAAAUAAAUUACAAUUAAGAGGUAUUAUUUUCUACUCUUUUCAAGGA